UAUCACCCUUCCAAACAUAGACCACACACAACACAACAUAACGUAUACCUCUUUUUAGUUUCUCUACUUUACUUCGUUACUACUUAGUUUGUAACCAUAACCAUGACUGCUGAGGUUAUGGCUCAAGAGGAGACCCAAACGGCUGAGGUUGUUGCUGUUGCUGUUGCUGUUGCUGAGCCCCAGAAAGAGGAAAAUGUGGAACCAAAGGAAUCAUCUGUGGAUGAGUCCAAACCCAAGGUGGUUGAGAAAAGCUCUUCUUACAAGGAGGAAAGCAACUUCCUUUCUGAUCUCAAGGAGUUUGAGAAGAAGGCUUUGAGUGACCUCAAGUCAAAGCUUGAGGAGGCUAUAUUGGGGAACACCCUUUUUGAGAAGGAAGAGCCAAAGAAGGAGGCUUCAGAAGAGAAUGAGGGUGAAGAGAAGGAAGUGGAGAAGAAGGGUGUGUGUCUUUGGGGAGUGCCCCUUUUGCCAAGUGAAGGAUCUGAAGGUGUUGAUGUGGUUCUGUUGAAGUUUUUGAGGGCUAGGGAGUUUAAAGUGAAUGAUGCAUUUGAGAUGUUGAAGAAGACUUUGAGAUGGAGGAAGGAGUCAAAGAUUGAUUCUGUUGUAGAUGAGGAUUUUGGCUCUGAUUUGGCCUCUGCUGCUUACAUGAGUGGAGUUGAUCAUGAGGGGCACCCUGUGUCCUAUAACAUCUUUGGUGCUUUUGAGAGUGAGGAGCUUUAUCAGAAGGCUUUUGGGACUGAGGAGAAGCGAAGUGAGUUCUUGAGAUGGAGGUGCCAGUUGAUGGAGAAGGGUAUUCAGAAGCUGAAUUUGAAGCCAGGUGGUGUCUCUUCUUUGCUUCAAAUAAAUGACCUUAAGAACUCCCCUGGUCCUUCAAAGAAGGAGCUGAGAAUUGCCACAAAGCAAACUGUUGCAAUGUUGCAGGAUAAUUAUCCAGAAUUGGUGGCCAAAAAUAUUUUCAUCAAUGUUCCUUUCUGGUAUUAUGCUCUCAAUGCUCUUUUAUCUCCCUUCUUGACCCAAAGAACAAAGAGCAAAUUUGUGGUUGCUCGUCCUAACAAGGUCACUGAAACCCUGACCAAGUAUAUUCCAAUUGAGGAGAUCCCAGUUAACUAUGGUGGUUUCAAGAGGGAAAAUGAUUCUGAGUUCUCUUCCCAAGAUGGUGCUGUUUCAGAACUCAUUCUCAAGGCCGGAUCAACUGCAACCAUUGAGAUUCCUGCAUUGGAGGUUGGAAACUCUUUGUGCUGGGAUUUGACUGUUCUGGGUUGGGAGGUAAGUUACAAGGAGGAAUUUGUUCCCACUGAUGAGGGUUCCUACACAAUUAUUGUUCAAAAAGGGAAGAAAAUGGGUUCACAAGAAGGGCCUGUUAGGAACACUUUUAGGAACAAUGAACCAGGGAAAGUUGUCCUCACUAUAGAGAACAAUUCAAACAAAAAGAAGAGGGUACUGUACCGUUACAAGACCAACAAGAGCUCUUUCUGAGAAUACAAUUCUUAAGUUCAUUUUUUGUUAAAUUGUGUUUUGGUUAUAGUUUGAAGAUAGGUGCAUGAGUGAGUACUUGAGUGAAGACUGAAAAAUCAGAGCUAUUCUUUCAUUGUUAUUGAUUGAUUUUUAUAUAUCAUUUUUUCCCCUGAAAUGAAAUUGAUUGAAAGUUCAUUCUUUUUUUC